GCAGCAACCUUGUUGUCUUGUCUCUUUGCAACUGCAUCCGUUGUUUACAAUGAAGGCUACUCUGAAGGGAAAGUACGAUGUCGACAAAAACGGCGCUGCCUUUGCCAACAUCGCCGUCAACGCCGGCGACGUCAAGUUCCGAGCCUCCGUAACGGAAGCCACUUUCAUUAACGGUCCCAGCUUCACCGGCUUGGCGCUCGCCGUCGAGAAACCCGGUUCCUUCAUCGUCGACUACAACGUUCCCAAAAAGGACUUUCGGUUUCAGUUUAUGAACACGGUUAGGGUUGGGGAGAGGCCGUUGAAUUUGACCUACGCGCACAGCAGGGGCGACAACAGGACCGUCUUGGAUGGAACCUUUGUGUAUGAUUCUGCGAACAAGGUUUCUGCCAAUUACGCGCUCGACUCAGGGAACUGCAAGCUUAAGUACACCUAUGUUCACAAGGGGUUGACCACGUUUGAGCCCGCCUAUGACGUGGCCAAGAACACGUGGGACUUCGCCGUUUCGCGGAGGGUCUACGGCGGCGACGACACGUUGAGGGCCUCCUACCAGACAUCCAGCAGGGUUCUGGGAGUUGAGUGGUCGCGGAAUCCCAAACACACUGCUGGCUUCAAGAUUGUAGCAUCUGUUAACUUGGCCGAGGAAUUUAAAGCUCCCAAACUUGUUGCUGAGACCACAUGGAAUUUUGAGAUGUAGAUUGGUUCCAAUAUAUUGUUCAAUUUCUUGAUAGGUUUACUGUCAAGUUUUGAAGGCUUUUUGGUCACCAUUGGGCAUAUUUUUGCCUUUGAAUAUAUUAUAUGCUUGGAAGUGUUUUGAUCAUGUUAUGAGCAACUCUGGCAUUAAUUGUCCACCAACAACUUCCCGUUUGAUUUUAAACUAUUUCAUAUUCACAUUACAAAAACCUGUAAUUGCUUGCCUAUAAAAUGUGCUCAAUUAUUCUCAUAAGAGUUAUUCUAUAUAGCUUUUCUGUUCGAUCUUUUUCCAUGCACUCGAGAAUGGUUUGAAUUUUGAAGGAUAUCUUGUUCUA